AUGAACCUGACUGCUAAAUUGAAAAGGAGAAAAUCAACCUUUGUUGCUUUCUCACCUAAAAACCAAGUUAGAUCUAAAAACAACAAUGCACUGAUCAUUGAAAUCGCUAGUCUCCAUAAUUCUCUUAAUAAAAUCAUGGCUUCUUUACAUGAAGAACUAGGAAAAGACAUCAUAGCUGCCAAACAGCAUUUUAGAAAGGGCCUGAGAACUCAUCUCGAAAUU